UUCGCCUAUCCUCCUAACCAUAGCACGAUAGAACAUUCGCCAUGCGUCUGUCAAUCUUAUUUAACCUUAGAUAGCGACUUGGUAAAACAAUGGUCAUUCCGUGAGAUUUCCUCAUACGAACAUCAUCGAAUCACAAGACACUACAUGAUGACGACAAGCAUAACUGCAAGUGUUCUCCUUGUAAUGGCAUUGAUUAUCGCUGCCAAAAUCAUUGACGACUCCUUGUUUUACAAAUAUUUGAUUGGCACACACGACCAGGUGCGAGGUAGGUUCAUCUCUAUAACAUCCUUUCUACCCAGAGUGGAACUGAUUGAUGGAACGGCGACCUACACAGUUUUGUGUUUCCUCGCUCUUCUCUCCCUCGCCCUGUUCUGGAUCGUCUGCUUCCUGUUGGUUAAGAUUCUUGUCUAUCCAUGGAUAGCAAUAAACAAAGCAGUAGAAUUUAUUGUCAGCAUGGCAGUUUAUUUGUUCUCUUCGAUGUCCAAUGCUGUUUUGAUCCAGAUUAUCAAGUUCGCUAUUGUGCCUGUCACAGCCAUAAUUCUUUAUUUCACUUGGGACAAAAUUUUGCCCUAUUUUCACAAAACUUGAACAGUUCAUAUGUCGUGACAAUUGGUCAACAUUUGUGACAUACCCCUUUAUGAAAUCAACGACAAUGUUUCUAGACCUGCAGCUACUUUUAAUUAGCUAUAGUUUUUUUCGUGUCGGAAAGAUUUUUUUAUUGAUUCGAAUAUUGAUUUUUCCACCCAUACAAUCCUUUUUGCCUGUUUUGAAUUUACAGUUUUCUGUUUACUAUUCUGAUUACUCAUUAAUCAUCAUUAUGUAAGUAAUUUUAACUGCAGGAAAAUAAUCAUAUUAUGCUGCCUGAAACUAUAGUGAAAACGAAUGUCAUUCAGUAACUGUUAUAGAUAUUAUUAGUUCAAAAAAGAACAUAGAAGAUUCGAGGAAUUUUUCCUAAAAAAUGGGGCGGGGUUACUUCUCAAGAAAAAUCAUCUUUCUUUUAUAUAUAAUGUAUACAUGACUCCUCAUUAAAUUAUGAGGGGUCCGUGUUUCCUGAGGAGGGGGGAUCCAAAGUCAUAAUUUUUUCGUUACUUUUUCAUAUAAAUUUAAGAACUUUUAAAAUCCUACGGGGUCCUGACCCCCACCCCCUUCCUCUUGAUCCGCGCGUGUACAAAAUGAUUCUUGCCUGGAUGUGGAGCACUCCGCUAACAAGUGGAUUUUCCACGAUAUGUCGAAAAAAUGAAGUUAAACCAACAUAAUAAAAUAUAAAUAAAAACAACCAAGUUUA